AUGGCGAGCAUACCAACUGGCAAGACGCCAGUCAAGGAUCAGCCGGGUCUGCGAUACCCCUCGAAUGGCAAGACCAUCUACCACCGCCCGCUGAACCGCACGCGCACCAGCGAGCUCAGCCAGGCCAGCUUCGCCUACCUCUUCUCCGAGAUGAUCAGCUAUGCGCAACGACAAGUGCGGGACAUUCAGGAUCUAGAAAAGAAGCUCAACCUCCAGGGCCACCCCAUCGGCCUCAAGCUCCUCGACCUGCUGCUCUACCGCGAGCCGGCGCGCACGCAGACGCGCCCGCUGACCGUCAUCACGCUGCUGCACUUCAUCAAGAUCAACGUCUGGCAGCACCUCUUCGGGCGGCAGGCCGACCGCCUCGAGCGCAGCAGCAACCCGGACACGCCCGACGAGUACAUGAUCAUCGACAACGAGCCCCUCGUCAACCAGUACGUCAGCGUGCCGCGCGAGAUGAGCCAGCUCAACUGCGCCGCCUUCGUCGCGGGCGUCGUCGAGGGCGUGUGCGACGGCGCCGGGUUCCCCGCCCGCGUCACGGCGCACAGCGUCGGCAAGGCGGCCGAGGAGGGCGAGAUGUGGCCCGGCAAGACGGUCUUCCUGGUCAAGUUUGAGGCCCUGGUGCUGGAGAGGGAGAGCUACAUGGGCAAGACGUGA